UCAGCAACACGCAAGGAUUAAGUUCAAUUAUGGUGCAUAAAGUAGCAGUGAUCGGGGCCGGCCCCAGCGGUCUCACCAGCAUUAAGGCUUGUCUGGAUGAGGGCAUGGUGCCAACCUGCUUUGAAAGCAGCGAUGAUAUGGGUGGACUGUGGAAGUUCAAGGCAAUGUCAGAGCCAAACAGAGCCAGCAUCUACCGUUCCCUCACGAUUAACAUUUCCAAAGAGAUGAUGUGCUACAGUGACUUCCCCAUCCCUGCCGAUUACCCUAACUACAUGCACCACUCAAAAAUCCUGAAAUACUUCAGGAUGUAUGCAGAACACUUUAAACUGCUGCAGCACAUUCACUUCCAGACCUCGGUUAAGAGUGUCAGACAGAGGCCGGAUUAUUCCCGCACUGGUCAGUGGGAAGUGGUGACUGAGAACAGAGAUGGACAGGAGGAGCGUCACGUGUUCGAUGCAGUGAUCUGCUGCGCGGGUCACUACACCUAUCCCAACAUGCCACUCAAAGACUUCCCAGGAAUUGAGAAGUUUGAGGGGAAGUACUUCCACAGCUGGGAUUACAAGGGACCUGAGGACAUGUACGGGAAGAGGGUGGUGGUCAUCGGCAUUGGUAACUCCGGAGGUGACAUCGCAACAGAGGGCAGCAGAGUAGCUGAGGAGAUGUAUAUGAGCACUCGUCGCGGUGCCUGGGUCAUCCGCCAGGUUUCUGACAAUGGCAUGCCUGUGGACAUGAAGUACAACACACGUUUCGUCCACAUCUUGUUCCAGCUGUUGCCGAUCAACAUCCUCAACUGGAUCGGCGAGGGCAAAGUCAAUGCCAUGUAUGACCACACCAUGUACGCCCUCAAACCCACACACAGGCUCUUCAGUCAGAUCCCAGUGAUCAACGAUGAUCUGCCCAUGAAGAUCCUGUCCGGAGCGGUCACUGUCAAGCCGAAUGUGAAAGAGAUACGUGGCUCCACCGUGGUGUUUGAUGACGGCACUUUUGUGGAAAAGGUGGAUAUAAUUGUGUUCGCGACAGGAUACAACUACGAUUUCCCCUUCCUGCCAAGCAGUGCUUUGUACAAGUCAGGGCACCGUGUGGGUCUGUACAAGCACAUUUACCCUCCCACCUUGGAGCAUUCAACUCUGGCUGUUGUGGGUUUCAUCCAUGCCCUUGGAGCCAUCAUGCCUCAGGCCGAAAUGCAAGCCCGCUGGGUCGCACGUGUCUUCAAAGGACAUAAGAAGCUGCCCUCAAACCAGGCCAUGAUCAAGGCUGUGGAGAGGGACACCAAGGACAUUGAGAAAAACUUUAUUGUAUCAAAGUUGACACCCCUGCAAGUGGACUUUGUUGACUACAUGGACGACUUAGCUGGAGAGAUUGGAGUGUUCCCGAGUCUCCUCUGGCUCUUCUUCACCGACUAUCCUCUGUUUAAGAGGCUCCUCUGGGGACCCGUCACAUCCUACCAGUACCGCUUGAUGGGGCCAGGAAAAUGGGAAGGGGCCCGCAGAGCGAUCUUCACCCAGUUCGACCGCAUGUACCAGCCCCUGAAAACCAGAAAGCUGGUGGAGCAUGAGCCGUCCACCACCGGCCGCCUGUUUAAGCUGAGCCUGAGCCUCAUGGUUGGAGGAGCCACUGCCUACUACGUCCAUGUGCACCACCCGACUGCUCUGCCCAACCUGCUGUCCAAGCUCCAUCCAAAGACAGUCUAAUACUCCGUGGACUGCAGUCACACGAAUCGAGAGCAUUGAAAGCUGCCAAAAUAGCACCAGACUCCUUAACAAGAUAUAAUAUCAAAUAUAUAAAAAUACAGAAACGCACAAACCGAAUGAUGUAGCUGCGGUUUUGGAUCCAUGAAACACUGAGAAAUCCGCUUAGUCAUAAUAUCCUGCUAUUUGGCUUGUGAUUAUGGGAAUGACUUUUGGGGUAAUGUCUUCAUUAGUUGUACCUAUAUAUUUGAUGUAUUUAAACACUUUCUUAAAAAAAAAAAGAAUCAUUAUUAUUUCAAAAGCAUUCAAAACAAAUCCUGUUUUUUUUACAUUUUCAAGACAAACUGUUGAAUACCAACUGUAUUAUUGUUAUUACUACGUUUGCAGUCAACAUUUCCUGUUACCAACUAAAUCCAUUGUUUGCAGUAAAACAGUCGAAAACAAUGACCACUGGAAAAUGCAACCGAAAGAGUUUUUUAGAGUCCCAGUCUCAAACUCUCAAACCCACUAACCUUCCCCACCCCCUGCACCACAUUAAAGUCCCACUACCUCCUGCAUUGGAGUUGGCAGUUGAAGUAACAAAGACAUUAUGAAUUGGUUGCAUAUGAACACAGUUGUCAGAGGAUAGAUCCACUGAAUCCGUCUUGCUAUUGUUUGUCAUCUCUGUGUUGUUUCACACUACAAAUAGGUCAUAUUUUCCAAUGGGAAUAAACCUCAUAAAUUUCA